ACGUGAUGUUCACCACUUGAGUCAUUUUGUUAUUUCAAGAAGAAAGAAGACUACAUAAAAGUAACUAAAAUACUGGUUUAAAUUACCCGCCGCGUUCAACUCGUGUUUAUUUAGCGUCCUUCAUGGCAGUUGUUUGGAUUAAAACUGAGCAUAGCGGACACUUCCACGGUGUAGGAAUGGAUACAACUAAGUUUGGAAAAUGUACUGGAAAACAAUAACACAUUAUUAAACAAGACAGAUGAUGGUGAAGUCAUUGGUGAUACCGGACGGGCGGAUGGGCGGCAGGGGAGACUCGGCCGGCCUGGAACGCCUCUCCUCACACGCGCAAGAUGAGAUAUACCGCUGUCCCGUCUCGACCCCCACCCUCACACGAAGACCCAGUGUCAAGAGCUCCAUUAAAUCACAGCCGUUCAUCUCAUUUACAAGUCUAAACCAUAGUCUCAAAGUACCCAACAAUUUCUCGUCAAAACAUCCUGUAUACCGGUCGAAAAAACCACUGGCAAAGCCACAAAGGAAAAAUUUUGACUGUUAUUUUGUGAAUACGAUUGAAAAGACAGUACACAUAGAUGCCCAAACGCAAUCCACUUGGUUAAGUUCCUUGUGUUCUCAACCUGUGGAUGAAAUAUUUGGCAAGUACAAGCGUAAAUCAGAAGCAUCUAGGAGCCGGCCACCAACCACAGGGCGAUCCACGACCCCAGGGGAAAAGGCAUUGUUUACGGCAUGGUCCAGUAACGCCUCAAACCGAGGGUCACCUACGGCCUUGACGAGAUGCUCCAUGCAGGGCCGCUCCGCCCCGUCCCGGGCCUCGCGUAUGUCCUCUGUCGAUCAUGGUGUGGACUAUGACAUAGACAGAACGUUUGUAAGAUCUAGUGCAGGGUUUGCACUAAUGCCUGUUACACCGACGAAUUUAGAUGGGGACGAGACACCGCCUUCUCCGUCGACACCGUUGUUUCACGGAGUGUUCAAAAAUAGCAAUAAUACUUCAAGCGUGUACAGCUCCAACGCUGACGCAACAGCCUAUGAGCCUUACCAAAGAGACAAACGAUUUCCGGACAUAAAACCACGAAAGUCUACGUUUUCACCGACACGGAAGCGCAUACCGCCUUCCGAGUCUGGGCAGGACCAAUAUACCGGUGUUCAUACAGCGUCAAUGGCGGCCUCUCGGGAGUUACAAGAAAGUCCCAUGCAAAUUGUGUCCAUCAACCGCAUGAUGCGGGAUGCGAAACAAAUGGAAGACAAUGAACAGGGCAAUUUACCGCCAUUACCAAACGGAGUGUCAUAUAGACUGCCGAAACGUUCAUUGACAAUGUCUUUACCUGAAUUACACGGAAAAGGCUGAAGGGUCCUUACGAUUACCUUUAAUUAAGUAUAAACGUUAGAGCUUUAAUAAUAAUAGUUAAAGUGUUAAAAUGGUCAUGAGGUCGUUAUGUUAAUCACAUAGGUCGCCUACAGAUUUAUCGCGGCAAUUUACAAUUGUAAUUAAUAUAUUCAUAUUGUUGUUAAUUAAAUAUCACAAUUUCA